AUGGAUGAUAACAAAGAAGUCGUUGAUCAACUGAUGAAGGAUCUAAAACUGCUGCAUAUGGAGAAUAUGGCUCCUUGGCCCAUCCUUGAGUGCUUGGGCAUGGCCAAAGAUGUACUUAAUCUCCAAAAUUGUUAUGAAAAUUUCAAACCUUCCUUUAGUGCUUCUGAAUUCUGGAAGACCACGCAUAAAGUCAACCUGGUGGAUUAUCAAAAACAGAAAGCAGAAUUGGAUGCAUUGGUUACAGAUUACAAUGAGACAAAAUCUACCGCUGACAAACUAGAGAAGGAUACUGAGGACCUCCAGAAGCAACUGGCUACAUUGAGGGAAAGGCAGAAGAAUCUUGAAGCUAGAUUGGGUGCAAAGACUAAAUCUACCUUCCUUGUGCAAAGUGUGGUCUCAGCUUCAAGGCCUACACUGGAGAUUGCAAAGAUCUCCAUCAAGAAGGCUGGACUACAAGAAACUCUUAAGAACUAG